GCAGCUUUUAUUGGGGGUGGUUCCUCUCUCUCUCUCUCUCUCUCUCUCUCUCUCUCUCUCUCCCUCCCAAACACCACUGUUUCCCAAUUUCCUCACUCCAAAACCCCUCUCUCUCUCUCUCCCCAAUCUCUUCCCCCAAAUUCAGACCCACCGAAAACCUAACUUUCCACUGUUGAACUUUUCACCGUCUUCUUUCCAUUUAAAUUUUUUUUUUUUCCCAUUAUUGCGGAUCCUACUUCUGUGCUCUAAAGAUGGACAUUGAGCAAAAGCAAGAAGAGAUCAUCGAUCACUUCGUUAAGCAAGCCUUGUCCCUCGAAGGCUCUGCCCUCGGCUCCCUCGUCGUCGAAGCCACCUCGCACCCUUCUCUCUUCGCCUUCUCCGAGAUUCUCGCCGUUCCUAAUGUUCUUCAGCUUGAAGGAACAGAAACUUCUGUGAACCUGGAUGUGCUUCGCUUGUUUUCACAAGGAACAUGGAGUGACUACAAAAGUGAUGCCAGUCGUCUUCCCCAUUUGGUCCCUGAUCAAGUCCUAAAGCUGAAGCAGCUCACUGUUCUUACACUAGCUGAGACAAACAAGGUACUACCAUAUGAUCAACUAAUGCAGGAGUUAGAUGUUAUAAAUGUACGUGAGCUCGAGGAUUUUCUCAUUAAUGAGUGCAUGUAUGCGGGCAUAGUAAGAGGAAAGCUUGACCAGCUGCGGAAGUGCUUUGAGGUCCAGUUUGCUGCAGGGAGAGACCCCAGACCUGGACAACUUGGGAGUAUGAUACACACACUGUCAAACUGGUUGGAUACCUCGAACAAUCUUCUUAUCUCGAUUCAAGAGAAGAUGAAGUGGGCAGAUACUAUGACUGAAUUGGCCAAGGAACACAAAAAAGAGGUUGAAGAUAGGGUGGAAGAAGUAAAGAAGUCCUCUUCCCACAAGAAGUUCCACACUGUAACCAGGCCGACAUUGACUUCCGGGGGCACGAGGAGAUUUACUCCGAACCUGGUGGAGUGAUGGACUAUGAGGAAGACCGAAGUAGACCAAAGAGGAGACGGCAUCCGAUAUAUAGAUGAGAGUUAAGAGGUGGAAAGGAUGAGUGUGUUUAGGCGAGUUUGAGUAGGCUUGAUUUUUGUUCAUGGCUUUCCCAGAUGUGUUGAUUUUUCCUUUUUGGAGACCAUAACCUCUCCUAUGUUAAACCUUUUUCUUUGUUGUUUUAGGCUCAUAUUUCAUAUGUUAUUUAGCUUGUCUUCAACCCAUUGUUAUUCCAAUUGAGUUUACAAGAAUGAAACCACAUUUAUUGGUGCGGCUAACAUUGUUCAUGGAUUCAGAUACUACAACUGUUCUUGUUUCUCAAUGUGUCUUGAGUUCAGUGGUUCUUAUAUUGGUAAAAAUUGGCGGGUGAAUGGUUCAACUUCCCAGUAAUGAUUUUGAGUGCCCUUUUAAGUGGCUUUGUUUC